CUACUACUAUAGUACUUGUAGAGUCUCCAGCUAGCCCACGUGUUGAUCUGCGACGCGGGGCUAGCUAUACUAGAUUGUUGUGUGGAAUGCGAUAACCAGUUUCUUCAAGCGAGCUAAUUAUUGUAAGUAACCCGUCGUUCGUAACACGGCUUUGCACCUUCGCUGCUUUCCCGCUGUGAUACUACAUAUGCGAGGGAAAGGCUUAUGAAGAUCUAGGAUGUCUUCUUUCUUGGAUAUACAUCUCCUCCGAGGCGAUAGAAGAAAUAAGCUAUAUAAGCUUGGGGUAGUCAUUUGGAUACAUCUCCUUCAAUAUAUGGGGACGACGAAUUGUGCAGCUACAGCGGCCAGAUUCGUCAAGGAUCCCCCAAUGGAUUCACGCAUCGUCAUGUGGAAUGCAACAUUAACAUAUGCGUGCCCAGAUGCAUCCAUCGAUGAUAGCAACUCGACUAAGCUAUACUUUUUUCAUGAUACCCUUCAGCGAUGCUUGCAGUCUGGAUUCGACAGCGUCUUAGUGGUAGACGGCGUGCCGAAGAACUUUGGCGGAACCGUAGAGUGUCGAGUGGGAUCAUGUGUUGUCGGUACUAACAUUAUACACGAGAGUUCAGAACUGCACGGACGCCUGGACCUCACAGUAGACUACCCGCCUACAUACAUUAACAUGAAUCAAGACAUCAAGCCUGAUUCAGUAUUAACGUGUCCGUUCGAAGCCAAACCCGCGGCAACCUUCACCUUUAAGCAAUGCGAAUCCGGGCCGUAUGCGUGCGAUGAUGUGUGCCAUACGUGUAACGCAUCGUGCCCGAGAGACCCUCAUCAGACGGAUGAUCCAAUCGACCUCCAGGAGAUGUGCGAGUCAAUGGACCCGUGCUACUAUCACCGAACAAACCAGAGCGAAGUCGUGCUGCUGCCGUAUUGUUAUGGCUGUGUGAUGUGCACAGCGACUAAUACUAUCAAUGGUGUCAACCACACACAAUCUCAUAAGUGGCUUAUUGACACACGAAAGCAAGCGACCCAGUGUUCGGCGUACAUUAGGGAUGUUGAUAUAACUGUGUCACCGGGUGACACGUUCGUGCCCGGACGCGAUCACCUUAAAAUAACAGUUAACGCUCACGUGAGUGCUAGCUUCCAGGCUUCUGUCCAGUGCAAUGGCUCAGAGUUCAGGCCGGAAGAUCAUAAUGCCAAGCUGGUGACGUCUACAGGUGAUGACUGUAUGCAGACAAUUGAACUAAUCUGGGAAAGUGCUGGCACCACUGACACUGGUCUCUACCAGAUAACCAUUGGUACCAUUGAAGACUUUGCCACUGUAAAUGCAACCAUCAUCGCAACACCGGAGAAAACCGUGAAUUGCGACCCCGAGUAUUGCCAUCGGCAUGGCGCCUGCCAACAGCUGGUGGGGACAGGGGAGAAGUACUGCCAGUGUGAUGCGCUGUCACAUCAGCAGACGCAUGGCAAGCAGUGCCAGUACUCUUGUACUCCUGCAUCCAGCCAAGAAACGCGAGGACACAUUGACUUGUGCGUUGGCUGCGACUUUAGCACCACUGGGUUCUGCCUUGGCACCACACCGGAAGAUGACGGGCAUGUCACUUGGGAGCACAAUGGAAUUGCCUAUGCGGAUAAGGGCAGCUAUAUGCCCAUCAAUAUCGUCGAUGCUACACCGGCAGACACUGUAAACUACUCUUGUUUUCUGUUCGGUCAGCUGCUUCACACCAUCUUCAUACAAGUCAACACCGCCCCCUUCCUGAAGAAGGACGCCAGCACCACGCAACAGACUCCUCGCAAUGCAUCAGCCAGGUACCCUGUUGCCAUCCCGCUCGACCCAAGGGUCUAUCCAGAGGUGCACUACAAGUGGGUUGCGGUGAACACGUACCAGUCGGAACUGACAGACAAGGACAGAAUGUCCUGCAUAGUGAGCAGUGUCAGCCCGAGUUUAUCACUGAAGCAGCAGGAUCGCUGCCAAGGCUGGUACAAGGGCACCGCUACCAAUGACUAUGGGUCCGUUGACUACUUCUUUCAGGCUGACACACGCGGUCCCAACCCACCAGCGGCUCUCGGGAAGAAGAUCGCUGAAAUUGCAGGUGCUGCCGUUGGUGCUGCCGUUGGUGCUGCCGCGCUCACCAUCCUGCUAGUUAAAUGCAUCUUGAAGAAAAAACAAAGACCCCCGAAACCAUUUGAAGCACAAAAAGAAUGGGGAGAAAGGGAGCGAGCUGGCCUAUUGGCGAAUGAAGAUGCCAACUCGGAAAGCGAUGGUGACUUGCCUGUACUUGGUUCCCGGCCAAACAGACCCCGGCACGAUGUGCGGGAACUUAUCAACCCUAGCAGUGUAUCAACACCGCCGCCACCAUCACCUGCCUCUGCAGGCGUUUCGGACGAUCAACAACUGCCGACUCCCAUUGUGAGCAGGCACCGGGGCAGGGCAGAUCGUUCACAAGCAGGCCCUGUGUAUGGAGCUUCAGUCAGCAGUGCAGAGUAUACCUACCAAGAUACAGACACCACUCGAUCAGAAAGCACUCCUCUUCGCCCAGGCCAGCCAAGGUCAUCAUUUGGAACUGAUCUGUCAGCAGAUGAAAUGUGGAAAGUUACACCAGGCAAUAGCCUGCUGCUCGAGGCAACUACUGACGAAUCACGAUAUUGCAAUGAUGAAGUACGGCAUGUUCUCAAGCCAGAACUAGAGAGCCAGCCGCGGGGGCAGUUUGUUAAUGAAUUCAGAAUCCCGCUAGUACGAAUGCUGUCGUUGCGAACCGAAGAGCUGGCACAAGAAAGUCAGGACUGCCUGAGCCACGGCCUGCUAGUGUCGCUGCGGGAAAGGAAGCAAGCGGCGGUGCAAGGUUUCAUUGACUUCUGGGCCGGCGCGGAGCAGAAGACGUUCUGGGACCUGUUCAACGCCGUCUGCACUGUCCUGACGCCUGACCAGAAUGACUUUGUGCGCAAGCUGCGAGACCACGCCGAACGCAUGCUCCGCUCAGAGUACUAUCGUCACGGUGUGCCGGCUGCACGCAAGGCUGACCUGUCCACCAUCUCGCAGGCGUUCUCCCAAGAGCAGCAGCAGUCCACACCGCCGUUCAUGUCGCGGCCAAGCAAGCUAGGCAGCCUGGCGUCGCCGCUCGCGAAGGACGGCGAUGACGACAAAACGGCGCCGUUCACUUGAUGAAUGUGAACCCCCCGACGGGCUGGCUGCUAGGCUGACAGAGGUGACACGGCCAUAUCUGCUGGAUCACAGGAUCCAGAUGGCUAGACAGCAGCUCUGUACUGCUGCUGUGUGGCAUGCUGCAGGCCGAGCUCUUGCAGCCAAGAUAACCCCUGUGUCGCCUUCAAGGCCGCGGUGAAAGGCACGAGUCUUCGCUGCAGUUGCAAUGUGUGUACACGCACCCCCUGUUGCCUGCAAGGCAAUAGCGACCUGCACCAUUCGCUGCAGGUUGUGACGUGUGCACACGCAAACACAGCCAUGGCUCUCUGGCCGUGCAAUAAGAAAGACACGGCUGUCGUGCAGCCAGCCCAAAUUCCACUUCCCGAACCAGGAGAAGUGCAAACUGAUGAGAAACUUAGCAAUUUAGAGUGCCUUUUAUUUUUACAAUAUCGUAGGCUUCAAAUGUUCAACUUUCUACUGUGGCGGUGCACAGGACUUGAUGAAAACCCGUUUUGCAGCUCACAUUAUAAUGCAGCUUUUGCAAGCAGCUGCAGCAGCGUACAUCUGACAAGUACAUGAAUGUAAUCUAAAAUGGUGUAGGCACAAUGCCUAAGUUGAGCUGGCGAUAACUGCUCGUCUUGAAUGGUCGCCCAAGAAUGGGUGAAGCUGAUCUACGGGUAGCACACUGGAGUGGAUUGAUUCCAUUAUGAGAUAUACUUAUUGAUGAGCAGCCAUGCUUGGCUCCUGGCCAAGAAGAAUAAGAUGAAGGGACUCCUGCACCAUUCUAUAAUAUGUUGACAUGUUGAUUCGUGCAGGAUUCGUGUUUACAUCAUUACCUACCAAUGCUUCCUUCUACUUGAUUUCAUGUUCUAUUUUUCUAUGUCCCACUUGCUAAGAAGCCCUGUAAACUAAUAAUUCCUGUAGUAUUUUUUCCUACUUCCCGCUGCGCCUCUGAUACCUUCGACAUGAUGAUCGUCCAAGUAGCGGAGCGUCAUUCUGGCGAGUCGUACAAGGAUUGGAGUGCAAUUCCAACUGACUUCCGAUACUUCAUCCUUGAUCUUGGCAGACUGGAGUUCAACAUGUUGAACAAGAAACAGCCGCUAGUGGUGUUCACGUAUUCUGAUCUGAGUACGCACGCUAUCGGCAGAGGGGCGAAACCACCAGGCCUGCUCAUGCUGGCCAAUAACACUAUCUGGGAACACCGACAGGUUUUGGAUUGUUCAGUCAUAUGACCUUACAGGAGUUUCUGGAUGCCCGAUAUGUGACUGUGAAAAAGCCAACAACGCUUACACAACAUUGUCCAUCUGGUAGAGUUACUUGGUCCCCGAAGCACUCAUUUACGUACUUUCUGGACACUCUUGACAGCCCAGUUGGACAGACAGAGAGUCGGCUGGUACCCAUUGACACUUCGAGCAUAUGGCCAUGGAGAACACAUACAACUGGGACGAAUCGGAUGACGAUUAGGAUGAAACGUUUGACAAGUAUAUGGUCGAGCCGCUUAGCACAUGACUGACGGGUCUUGGCAGUCGACGCCUUGCUGAAGAGUUGCUCAGUGUACGGAUAGGAGGUCGCAGUGAUGAACGAUUGGUAGAGAACAGGGGUCCGGUGAGAAUGACAGGAAUGCUAGCAUGGAUUAGAGGAUCUCCUUAUCUGUGUAGAUUGUUGCGCAGUUGAAACUUGUGGUUCAAAUCCCAUUAAAAUAUAAUUUGAGUCACAAGUUUACAUGCCAAUUCCAAACCGUGAUUGGGAAUCUCCUACAAACUUUCGAGUUUCAAGAUACCUUACCUAGGAUUAUAUUUUUCAACACUGAAGUCUACGAACAUUUCUAGUUCUACAGUAAGUUAGACUUGGUUCAGCCAGAGCUUAUAUUAGUCCGUAUUCUCGGUUUCACAUUUCGAUACCCCCACCUUCCCCUUUCACCUGCUGCUGUACUUUGCGCUCAUCGCUCAUGAGCCCUUCCUUGUUUUACUAUAAAUUUUCACAUUAGGUGUGAAGGGUUUUAGUACCCCACUCUCCACUUUUACCGGGCAUUGUACUUUGCGGCCUUUACUUGAUUCUUCCUUGAUUUUUGUUUCAUUUUUAAAUUAUUUCACAUUAGGUAUGUGAAUGGAUUGGGACUUACUGACGACUGAAAAUAUUAAUUUUUCAUAUCUCAGUGUGGAAACGUGGCAAGAUAAAAUUCCCAGAACUCUU